AUGGCUUUUCGCGGAACCGAGAGUCCAAUGGACUUUGAAUGGCAAGGCCACGGACCUGUCGACGCUGCAUCUCCCUUCCACCGCUUCGCCAUGGAUUCGCAGAACAAAAAACGUAAGAUUGGCCCUUCUCAAUGGAUCUCAUCGUCUGAGCAUGCCGCAGGCUCUCACGCUCAGUUUGAAUCUCCCAACAAACAUCAAUUGCCAUCUUAUGGGCCACCUAAUGGCAAACCAUACUUCUUCAGCAACGUUCCCACCGCACAAUCACCACAACCUUCACCGUUCCGAGAACCCUCCUUCACCACCCCUCGAAAGCCGUUCGACGUCGACUUCUCUUCUGGCGCCGAGAACUCCUCACCCCUUGAAGCCGACAAUGAAGACACGCCAGAUGGCAGAUCCCCAAUCCAGUUCACUGCUGGCAAUGCCAGCCCGCCAAAGUCCUCCAAGCGGAACUCACUGUUCAACAUGUAUGGCAAAUUUGCCCCUUCACCCUCACGCUUGACUCGGCCAUUCAACGACGCCCUAGAGCGACGCAUCCAGAAACGACGACGCCGUGCCCUAGACAAAACGCAAUUGGCUCGUACCCGCCGCGACAGUGAGGAGACCUCUGAUUCGGAAGCCGACACCACAAUCGCCGUGAGCAAGGUUCGCCGCUCACCUUCCAAACCGCUGCCUUCGAUCCCAAAUGUAGAGUCCAAUUCAGCUGGCUCAAGAAUAUCAGAAUUCUUCUCCUUCUUAUCCUCGAAUCCGGAUCUCCCAUCCAUUCUGUCCCGGUACCUACAGGUUCUCUUCAAUUUCGCCCUCCUCUCCUUCUUCCUCUACAUCAUCUAUUCCUUCUACCAGACCAUCCGCGCCGAUGUCGACCGAGCCUCUGAUGAAGCCGUCUCCGAGCUGCUUGCGGAAAUGUCCAUCUGCAGCAAACAAUACAUUGAGAAUAAUUGUGCACCGGACAAGCGGCUUCCAGCACUCGAGCAGCUCUGCAGCAAUUGGGAGGUCUGCAUGAACAGAGAUCCCAAUGCCGUCAAGCGUGCACGUCUAUCAGCGCAGACAUUUGCGGCCAUCUUCAAUUCCUUCGUCGAGCCCAUCAGCCUCAAGACCAUGGCCUUCAGCAUCACCCUCGUGGUUGUGUCACUCCUGGUCUCAAAUGCGACCUUCACAUACUUACGGCGACCACAUGAUGCCUUCCACCCACACCACCCGCAGGGCUUCUACCAACAGCAUCCUUCAGCGACCUACGGACAUCAGCCACAAUUCUCCGGAAUCCAGACCGGCAUGGGACAGAUGGGUUACAUGGCCUCCACGCCCGGCCUACCAUAUGGGCACGAGCCACAGACCCCAGCCACGGGUCGCUUCCAGGAGCACAACCAAAUGGCCUUUGACGGCAAUCAGAUGCGCAUCGAGUGGAACCGGAGUCCAAGCAAGGAAUACGGCGCCAGAGGGAGGAGCAGGAGUCCAGAGAAGAAGAAGCUGGCCACAUGA